AUGAAUCCUAAAAUGCUGCGAGGAAUAGUUUACAGUGUACAUCGGUGUCUUGUGGAGUGGACCGCUCCUACUACGAAACACAAGGUCGUGAAAGUUGUAUUCUACUACAACUUCCCUCUUCCCGAUUUCGAAGCUUGUACUCCGGCACGGCUUGUGGAUAUUGUGACUGUUAUGAUUUACGAACUGACUAGAGGAAAGGUCGCUGUUCACUGUCAUGCAGGUCAUGGAAGAACGGGUAUGGUGAUAGCUGCAUGCAUGAUGUUACUUCGUGGAAUGACCCCACGUGAGGCCGUCGAUUUUGUCAGACAGAAGCGGCCAGGCUCCGUGCAAAGUUCCGAUCAGGUCGAAGCGUUACAUUCGCUCCAUGUCCUGCUUUUUAACGAUGCUUCCGUCCUUCCUCAGUCACCAUUCCGCUCAACAUCGGAAUACGUGGAAUUUACAGGGCGUGUACUGCCCAGGAUGGAUACGAGACGUUACGGGAAACUGCCAAAGCCGCUUUUCGUCGGCUUCGUCGCCUUACUUCGGAAAUUCUUCAGUGCCGUUGUGUUGAGGCCUCAGUCACAAGCCGAAAAUGCUUGGCGUUUUCAGUUUGAUUGCAGUGGACCAACGGAUUUCAAGUACGUGAUUUCCUGUUGUAUUUUUGUACUAGGCAGUGCACUACUUCACGCAAAUUUAUGA